AAACUGAUGUUAUACUGUUUCUCAGAGCAGUCGGGAGUUUCUGAAAAACAUCUCUUUCUUGCUCAUUAAUUCCUGUGUGACCUGUUUGGAUGAAUGAGUCUGAAAGCCCCUUUGAACAUUAGACGAGUGUCGCUGUGGCAUUAAAAAACAGAAAUGAAAAGCGAAUGAGGAACUAACUGGCCUAUUUAAGAAUAUUUCCCUUCAUGUGUCACGCCAGAAAACAUCAGCACCUGCUUCAGCAUGCCUGCAUCUUCACGGUUACUGGCCGGUCAUGAGCUGGCGUCUCCGUAUAAGAGUUUACACGACAGCUAUGUGUCCAGUCGCAGGGACUCGAAGUGUCCCGUCUCGGCUCUGCUGGCCGCUGCAGCUCUGCUGGUUUUGGGGAUUUUAUUGGCCAUCGCAGUAAUCGAGAGAUUGAAGUACGAGGAUCGAAUCAACGAGGCUCUGAAUCCUCAUCACACUCCAUCAUGCUGCAAUCAGACCGGCCCCGACCAGCAGAGCAGUAUUGUUCUGGUUGAGAGUUUUCCUCUGGGCGUGGAUUACGGGAGAAACGUGAGCGCUGGAGUGGAUCUGUAUGAAGCCUGGAAGGAUCUUCUGUCUCUGGCCUCUGAUCGGAUCGAGGUGGCGUCGUUCUACUGGUGUCUGACCGGAGAAGACAUCAGCGUCAACUCCUCCAGCGACGCACUGGGCAGAGAGAUUUUAGAAGAGCUCAAGGCUUUACCGUCCAGAAACGUGUCGGUGCGCGUCGUCACCAGCAUCCCUACAUUAGCUCCCAAUUCAACCGACCUCAAAACCCUCCGAGAACACGGAGUGCAGAUACGGCGUGUGAACUUCGGCCGUUUGACGAAAGGAAUCCUUCACAGCAAGUUCUGGAUCGUGGACGGGAAACACGUUUACAUCGGCAGCGCCAACAUGGACUGGAGAGCUUUAACGCAGGUCAAAGAGCUCGGUGUGGUCGUCUAUAACUCCAGCGCUCUGGCUGCAGAUCUGCAGAAGAUCUUCCAGUCGUACUGGGUCACGGGUCGCUCCAACGCCUCCAUCCCGCACCCGUGGCCCUCCGACUACGACACUGACAUCAACGAGGAGCGUCCGCUGCUGCUCAACCUGAGCGGAGUGGAGAGUAAAGCUUACAUCACGGCGUCUCCGCCGGACUUCUGUCCGGACUCUCGCACCCGAGAUCUGGACGCGAUCCUGUCGGCCAUCAGAGGAGCUCAGGACUUCAUUCAUGUGGCGGUCAUGGAGUUUUAUCCCGCUUCCAAGACCUUUCAUCAUCACGGAUACUGGCCCGUGAUUGAAGACGCUCUGAAGCGCUCGGCCGUCGACAGGAACGUGUCCGUCUGUCUGCUGGUCAGCUGUGGACGGGAAUCAGAUCCGGCCGUGUGGCCCUUCAUCCGCUCAUUAGAUGCUCUUCAUUCACCGUCAGACAACAUCAACAUCGCGGUGAGAGUGUUUGUUAUUCCAGCGAGAAACCAGUCACACAUCCCUUAUUCCAGAAUCAACCACAACAAAUACAUGGUGACGGAUAAAGUGGCGUAUGUGGGCACGUCUAACUGGUCCUCGGACUACUUCAACACGACGGCCGGCGUGGGUUUAGUGCUUUCCCAGGAUGCUUCGGGAAGCUCGUUCCAUCAGCAGCUGAGAGCCGUGUUUGACAGAGACUGGAGCUCUAGAUACUCUCAUCCGCUCGCCGAUCUCCACCGAACCCACGACUGCGCUUUCUCCACAUCUGCACCAUAGACACCUCACAGGAAAUAUUAAUAUCUCAUAUAGCACACAUGCGCUUUAAACAGCUGUAAUAUGCAUCAAAGUCUCUAAAUAAGGGAACCUCUGUAUUUCUAAAGCUUUUUAGUAGCACAUUUCAUUAUUUGAAAAAUAAUUCUCUUGUACUAUACAGUUUAAUAACUAUCAUAAACUGACCAGAAUAGAAUGUUACAAUAGAAUAGAUGUGGCAUUUCAGUGUUUUAGCUUGAAUAUAUAUCAAAGUAAUCAAAGUUUUUAGGGCUGUUUUUAUGGCAGAUUUCCCUGAGCAUACUGUAAAUUCUGCUCUAGAAUGUAUAAACAAAUGCAAAUAUGACUUGAAAAGUUUAUAUAUAUAUAUAUAUAUAUAUAUAUAUCUUUUUACACUUUUAAUCUUUUUUUUACACUUUUAAUCUUUUUUUACACAAUCUGUUU